UAAUCCUAUCCACGCGGAGCAAAUCUAGCGUCCCAAGGAGAUUGGAAAAGAACCAGCCGCGGCGAAACAAAGAGACGGCGAUCCCAAUGCCGAUGAAAGGCAAAACGUAGAAUCCCAACCGUCCGUCCCGCCGCUUACCUUAUUUCGAAUUUCGAACUCCCCCUUCCCCAAAACCCUCGCAUUAAAUCCCUUCUCCCCUUCCCGGAACCCUAACUUUAAUCCUAGUUUCCCCUCAUAUAGCGUUCGCGAUGACCCGAAAAAAGGCGGCGGCGGCGGCGGAGAAGGAGCAGGAGGAGUCGUACUCACCGCCGUCUUCGGGCCGAGACGUAUCACCGGACAAGAUGGAGAGCCUCAAGACUCUCAACCACCUCCUCGUCAAGGAGACGCUGGAGCUGCGGCAGCAGGUGGGCCACCUCCUGUCUCGCCACGAUAGCCUCUCCGACGACCAAGCCUUCCUCGCCGGCGUCGAGCGCGACGUCAGCUGCCUUGUCCUCUCUUUCGGCCUCGCCGAGCGGGAGCUCGCGGCGCGGCGGGUGGAGGCGGACCUCCGGUCGCUGGCGGGGGCGGAGGAGCGGGUGAGGUCGCUGCAGGCGAGGGUGGAUUCCAUGGCGGAAGAGCUGAGGAGCAGCGGGGAGAGAUUGGAGAUGGUGGUUGGAGAGAAGGAUGAGAUGAAGAAGGCUCUGGACCUCGCCCUAUCGGAAAAAGAUUCGAGCUUGAUGGACCUUGAUCGCAAGGAGAAGGAGCUGAGGGUUCUGGAAGCCAAAGUCACGGAGCUGGAGGUUGGUAUAGCUGAAGCCGGAGCAAAUGUUGGGAAAUUAGAGAUUGAGCGCAAUGAUCUUGUGGAACAGGGGAAUAAGAGGCAAGAAACCAUCCAUUCUCUUCUCCAGGAGAAGGCUUCCAUGGAAACCAGCCUCGACGAAUACCGGCAGUUGGUAGAAAGUAUUGAGAGGGAGAUGGAAGAAGUGAUCAAGAUUAAGCAAGAAGAGGUGGAGACGGUGAAGGCCAAGAACGAGGCGAUCGCCGCGAAGGUAUCAGCUUUGGAAGCAGAGCAUCAAAGCCAUGUCGAGAACAAUCAAAUAUUGGAGGCUGAGGUUGAUGGCUUGAAGGCUGCCAUUGAUUCAAGGAAGAUAGAAGAGGAAGGGUUGCGGAAUGAAAUUGCCGAGAUGGAAAAGAAGAAUGUUGAGGUCACAGAGGAGCUGCGCUCUGAAGUUGCCGAGAAGGAGGCUUUUGUUGCAAAAGUAUCGACUUUAGAGUCAGAGAUACGGAGCCUUUCCGAGAGCAACCAUAGGCUGGGAGCUGAGCUUAAUAGCUCUAAAUCUGCUGCCGAAGUGCUGAAGAAGGAGGAGGAAGGGCUGCGUUCUCAAGCUGCGGAGAUGGAGAAGAGGAAUGAAAAGGUUACGGAGGAGCUCGAGAGGCUUCAGGCAGAGUUGGGUGCUCUGGAGAAGGGGAAGGAAGGAAUUCUGCUCGACUACGAGGAGCAGAUGAUGGUGUCUGCCAAGGAGCUGGAUGGUUUGAGGACCAGGAUGGGGGAGAUUGAAAGGGAGAAGGAUGCAAUCGAGGGAAUGAGGGCUGUCCAGCAGUCUGAAAUUGAUGCUUUGCAGAAAGAGUUGAAACAGUUCCAAUCAACUGUUCAUGAGUUGCAAGUUCUGUGCAAUGCCUGCAUCAACACAAACGCCCAACUGCAAACUGAGAGGGAUUCUGCUUGGAGAGACCUCGAUCUUCAGAAGGUGGAAGAGCGAUGCCUGAGAGUGCAAAUUGAGGAGUUGAAGAAGAGGAACGAUGAGGUUGAAGACGAGAGGCAGCAGCUUCGGAGUGCACUCGGUGACUUUGCUCGGAAGGAGGAGGAACGGAAGCUGCAAUCUGAUGUGCUGAAGGAGGAAAAAGCUUCGACUGAGAAGAAACUGCUAACUUCUCAGCAGAGUCUCGAGGAUAUGGAGAUAAAGUUCAGAGCUGCCGAUAUGAACUCUGGGAGGGCCCUUUCCCUUCUGAAGGAUACCAGAGAAAUGAUGCUGCAUGGAUUAGUUGAAGGAAAAGAGAAUGAUGUCGAGAGGAGUAUUGGGAAUGAGGAAGAGAAGGAUGAGGAGCUGCAGCCAUUUGUGAAAGAGUUGGAGGCCAUCAAGAUGGCCUUCAAGGGCAGGGUGGGGAAGAUUGAGGACAUGAGCAGGGAGCUUAAGGUCUUGCAGCAUGAAGUGGCCGAGGCUCGGAAGAAGGGAGGACUGGGGAGAUGGCUGUAUCCCGCUGCAACCACCGUUCUUGCUGCCAUCUCCUUUGCCGCCUAUGCGGCCAAGGGUGCUUAACCUUUUGAUAUCAGCUCAAGAUCUUGCAGAAUUUUCUUUUGGAUGUUUUGUUGAUACCGGGACUCGGUUAAAGUUGUGAGUUGCUUUGAUUUGGUAAUCAUCUAUCACUCUGAUGUAGAACCUAAUGUUUUGAUAUGCAAGGAGAUGUGUUUCUAUCCA